AUGAGUAGCAGCAGUACUAAUAGCUUUGAAAUUCCCGAAACCACUGAAGGAAAAAUUAACUAUGCAAAAAAGCUUAAAGAGGAUGGUAAUGAUCAGUUCAAGCAAGGCAAUUAUUUAAAGGCCAUCAAACUCUACAAGACCAUCUUUCUCUACGUAACAGGAUUGGAUUCAAAUUUAAUGUCAGUCAUGUCCAAUAAUAAUCAAAACGCAGGAUCGUCAUCGCAACAAACUCUCUCAGAAACAGAACAACUACAAGUCACAGCAAAUUUAAAUAUUGCACAAUGUUAUCUCAAAUUAGAGAAAUAUGAACAAGCAUUGGAGUAUUCAAAACGAGCACUUAAAUUAGAGCCUAACAAUAUCAAAGGACGAUUGAGAAAAGCGUUAGCCUAUCUCGGACUGAACGAUAUUGACAAUUCCGAGAGAGCACUCGAAGAUGUUUCAAAAGAAAUUCCAAAUGAUCCUCUCGUGAAACAAGGAUACAAAAAAUUGGAAGUCUUAAAAAAGGAACACAAAACAAAGGAAAAGAAGAUGAUGAUGGGAAUUUUCAGUGGUCUCGGAUCCGAUGAUCAAUAA